AAAGGCUUGACCUCGCGACCCUUCCCUUCAGGAGGUGAGCCAGUUACCAGAGGUAUAAAAACCCGGUGUGUCCCCAGAGACUCCAGUCCAGUGGGUUCUGAAGACAAGGGCAACAUUAAAGAAGUACCAAACUUACAAGGCUACGUGAAUAAAUCCUUCUAUUCUGUCUAGAGAUGACGAUCUGGCAACUGCCUUCCAUGCUCCUUGUUGUUAUAUCAAGUGUCUCUCCUCAUCCUCAUCACUUAUUUGAGUAUGAUGAGCUGAGCCAGUAUGUUGACAGCCAUCAGGAGGAAUAUGUACAGACUCUGAGGGACUGGGUUGCUGUAGAGAGCGACUCCAGUGAUGUCUUGAGGAGGCCAGACUGCCAUCGCAUGAUGGAUAUGACGGCUGAGAAACUACAAGCCAUUGGAGGGAAGGUGGAACUGGUGGACAUCGGCGUACAAGAGCUGCCUGAUGGCAAGACAGUGGCCUUACCCAAGGUGGUGACAGCCCAGUUUGGCAGUGACCCCAGUAAGCAGACAGUCUGUGUGUAUGGACAUGUGGAUGUCCAGCCCGCUAAGCUAGAGGACGGCUGGGCCACUGAACCCUACAACCUGACAGACAUCAACGGACACCUCUACGGCAGAGGGGCGUCUGACAACAAGGCCCCUGUCUUAGCCUGGAUACAUACAGUGGAGGUCUAUCAGGCCCUCAGCAUUGACCUGCCAGUCAAUGUGAAGUUCAUCAUCGAGGGGAUGGAGGAGACCGGGUCCAAUGGCCUGGACGCCAUGAUCGUGGCGCAGAAAGACACGUUCUUCUCCGACGUCGAUUACAUCAUCAUCUCAGACUGUGGUUGGCUGAGCCGACGCCCCGCCCUCACCUACGGGACCAGGGGGAACUGCUACUUCUUUGCUGAGGUAGAGGGCCCAAAACAGGACCUACACUCAGGGGUGUAUGGAGGCACUGUUAUAGAGCCUAUGACAGAUCUGAUCGGCAUAUUGGACACACUGAUCAGCCCCAGUGGAAAGAUCCUCAUUCCAGGCAUCAGAGAGGCCGUCGCCCCACUCUCAGACGAAGAGUGGAAGAUGUACCAGGACAUUGAGUUUGACAUUGAGAGCUUUAAGUCCAAGAUUGGCGUCAGCCAACUCAUGUACAGCAACAAGGUAGAUCUGCUGGCCCAUCGUUGGCGUUACCCUACCGUUACCAUCCAUGGAAUCGAGGGAGCGUUCUCUGGCCCUGGCUCUAAGACGGUCAUCCCUGCUAAGGUCAUUGCCAAGUUCUCCAUCCGACAGGUCCCCAACAUGGACCCAGCAGUGGUCAAGAAACAGGUCACAGACUACCUGUACUCUGUGUUUGCCAAGAGAAAGAGCCCCAACAAGCUGAAGGUGACCAUGAUCAUCGGGGCUAAGCCCUGGUUAGCAGACACCAAGCACCCCCUGUACGAGGCAGGGAAAGCAGCCGUGAAGAGAGUGUUUGACGUGGAGCCAGACCUGAUCCGUGAAGGGGGAACCAUCCCCAUCGCCAAGACCUUUGAGGACGUGACCGGGAAGAGCAUCAUCAUGAUGCCUAUCGGAGGCUUCGACGACGGCCUCCACUCCCAGAACGAGAAGAUGAGCAGGUACAACUACAUAGAGGGGACCAAGUUGUUCAUCGCGUACCUCCAUGAAGUGGCCCAUCUCAAGAAGGACUGAGAGCACCUCUUUUCAUCACCACUGUUAAAAGACAGUUCUAUAAUGUUUAGCUUGUAUGCGAUCCCAUCAGUGGAGUCUGGCUUUGUUUAGAUUCUUUCCUGACGUUAACGUGUAACUUUUCUUGUUUCUUUCCCUCUAAUCAAAACAUUCCAGAAACCCUGUGAGUUCUUGGCAUCUGAUAUAGCCUCAACACUCUGCUUCUCUCUCUCUCUCUCUCUCUCUCUCUCUCUCUCUCUCUUCUUUCUAUAUCUUUCUUCCUCCCUCACUUUCCUCCAUUCUCUCUCAAUGUCUCUCUCUCAUUUUCUCUCUCGUUCACACACAAAUAUCUACUUGAGACAGUAAAUAAAACUGGUUUGACGCACUA